UAAGGUAUUUGGUUUCUUCCUGCUACCCGUACAAUCUAAUGGGCGGCUUCAGGAAACUGGGGAACUAGUUGGGGGGUGUACAAGCCGCGCCCGCUUGGAUUGAAGGGAUCGGAGUAGUGCAAGAUAAAGGACCAGGGUGUGGAAGAAAGGAAUAGGAGUAGGUGUGGCUCACUUGUUACUGUAUGUCUACAAGCUGUAAGUCGAUAUAGCCAUGGCUGCAAAUAAGGCAAAGAAUCAAACUUCUCUAGUUCUUCAUAAAGUCAUUAUGGUGGGCAGUGGAGGUGUUGGCAAGUCGGCACUCACUCUGCAGUUUAUGUAUGAUGAGUUUGUAGAAGACUAUGAGCCAACAAAGGCUGACAGUUACAGAAAGAAAGUGGUACUAGAUGGAGAAGAGGUUCAGAUUGACAUUCUGGACACAGCAGGUCAGGAGGAUUAUGCAGCCAUCAGAGAUAACUACUUCCGCAGUGGAGAGGGCUUUCUUCUAGUGUUUUCCAUAACGGAGCAUGAAUCUUUCACAGCUACAGCAGAGUUCAGAGAGCAGAUCCUCCGUGUGAAGGCAGAAGAGGAUAAAAUACCUUUACUCGUCGUUGGGAAUAAGUCUGAUUUGGAAGACAGAAGACAAGUCCCUGUGGAUGAAGCUAGGGGUAAAGCAGAGGAGUGGGGUGUACAGUAUGUGGAGACCUCUGCCAAAACCAGAGCAAAUGUAGAUAAGGUGUUUUUUGACCUGAUGAGGGAAAUCCGAACAAAGAAAAUGUCUGAGAACAAGGAUAAGAACGGCAAGAAAAGUGGCAAAAGCAAGAAGAGCUUCAAACAGCGAUGCUGUUUACUUUAAUCAGGAACAAAUUGACCAACUGGUGAAGGGCUCAGUAAGCCAGAUGUUAAUAAACCAGUAAUCCGUUAUCUUUUGCAACAUUUUAGCAUUUAACCCUCUCGGUGCUGGAAGGGCAGCAGGACAGUAUGUUGCUGGUCCUUUUAUUAUCUGAACAGGACAAACCUCAGUUAGCCGUAUCCCUUAAGGACCUAUUAUUUCUUUAUACUACUUUCAAAGCCUUACUAUGAUAUACUUGUUUUAACACAGAUUAAAUAAAAUGGAGUUAUUUAAAAGUGCCAAAGUGGGCUUUAAGACACUAUUGCUGGCAGGCACUGAAUAGGGUUUACAUUAGGUAACCUGCUGUUUUAUAAACAAGUACUAAAUACCACUGCACAUACCAAACCACACUAGAGUAGAGAGCCUGGAUAUCUUUCUUAUGUAAACGUCAUACUUUAUAGAUAUAUUGAUUUGUUACUUUCUCUUAUAUCCUCUCUUCUUCAUUUGUGAUACUUGGAAAUACACUUUGUGCAUUUCCAUACUGCUGAUAUAUGAAGGGACAGGAAGCCAGUGUGUAAACAUUAGGCCCUAUACUGAUAUUUUUUUAUGGAUGAUCACUAUGUGACUGCUACUCCCCAAUAAGCUAUGUAACAAUUUCAUUUGAUACAGCUUUUUAUUCAAGUAUAAAUUAGUAUCAAAUAAAGAUACAUGCAUUCCCAAAGGAACCUUUCUAUUAUAAAGUCAAGAGUAGGGUUUGCAUUCUUAUCUAGCACUGCCUUCAGUAAAGGGCAUUUGACUGCAAGACUGGAUUGAUAUUCUGUAAUCCCAUAAAAUAUUUACAGUUCAAGAUCAUAUCUUAUUUUUAGAAUGUUCUAUAUGCUUUUCAGACUAUCUGAGACAGUCCACCUGGGUCAGUAUUAGACUCUAACUAUGUGCAAUUACAAAUGUUUAAGGGUAAAAUGCCUAAAUGAUCAAAAAAUAUUUAGCUGCACUUUGUUUUAAGAUGCAGACAUCCUUGAUCCAGUAUUAUUGCUCUUGUUUUGAUGUCCGUUUUUAUGCUUUCAGAUUUUUUCAUUGUCUUCCAUUGGUUAUGAAGACGUGGUAUUUAGGACUCUCCUUUUGCACAGAUAAUAAAAUUAUUUGAACAUUAAAA